GCCAUCCUUCUCCCUCCCUCAUCGUCCCUUAGAGCUACAGUCCCGUCUAGCGCUCCGGGCUCGCCCACCCCGCCUACCCUCCCGCACCUCUCGGCAUCCGCCGCUCAUACCAAUGGCCUCCAACGUCGAAAAAGAACCUGGACCCCAGGGCGACGUCCCUCCCGCCCAGACUACUCCCUCUGAACCGCCCGUGGAGAAGAAGAAGCGCGAGUACAAGGAUUUUGGCCAUGAGGAGGAGAAAGCUACCCACGCUAAGGUGGACAUGAGCACCAUCGAGCUCAAGGCAGAGGACCUGUACGACAAGGAGAAAGUGGACCUCGAGACUAUCGUCAUCGAAGAUGUCUUCAAGCUGCUCCAGUGCUCGGAGAACGGCCUCGACGAGGCUGAGGCUAAGCGCCGCUUGGAACUUUUCGGUCCGAACAAGCUUGAGGCUGAGGAGCAGAACGCUUUCUUGCAGUUCCUGUCCUUCAUGUGGAACCCGCUCUCUUGGGUUAUGGAGGCCGCCGCACUCGUCGCCAUCGCGCUCUCGAACGGCGAGCACCGUGCCCCCGACUGGCCCGACUUCGUCGGUAUCGUCUUCCUGCUCUUCGUCAACUCCGCCAUUGGUUUCUACGAGGAGCGCAACGCCGGUAACGCUGUCAAGGCUCUUAUGGACUCCCUCGCCCCCAAGGCCCGCGUUCGUCGCGACGGCUCCUGGAAGGAGAUUGAGUCCUCUGAGCUCGUUCCCGGUGACAUGGUCGCAUUCAAGAUCGGUGACAUCGUUCCGGCCGACUGCCGUCUUACGGAGGCCAUCAACGUCUCGAUCGACCAGGCUGCUCUCACUGGCGAGUCGCUCCCGCAGUCCAAGAAGGCUGGUGAUCAGUGCUUCUCUGGCUCGACUUGCAAGCAGGGUGAGGCUGAGGGUGUCGUCAUCUCGACUGGCCCCAACACGUUCUUCGGUCGCGCGGCGUCGCUCGUCGGUCAGGACGACGACACCACCGGCCACUUGCAGAAGAUCCUCGCCCAGAUCGGGUCUUUCUGCUUGGUCUGCAUCGGCAUCUUUGUCGUCGCGGAGAUCCUCGUCCUCUACGCCGGCUUCCGCUACUCGUACCGUCACGGCCUCGACAACAUCCUGGUGCUCUUGAUCGGUGGUAUCCCCAUCGCCAUGCCCACGGUCUUGUCCGUCACCCUCGCCGUCGGUGCCCAGCAGCUCGCGAAGCACAAGGCCAUCGUUACCCGUAUCACUGCUAUCGAGGAGUUGGCCGGUGUCACCAUCUUGUGCUCUGACAAGACUGGUACGCUUACCACCAACAAGCUCACCAUCGACCGCUCCACGAUCAAGACCUACGGCCCCUUCUCCCCCGACGAUGUCAUCCUCCUCGCCGCGUACGCCUCCCGUACCGAGAACCAGGACGCUAUCGACAUGGCCACCACUCAGGCCCUUGGUGACGUUGGCCGCGCCCGCGCCGGUAUCAAGCUCCUCGACUUCAAGCCUUUCAACCCCGUCGACAAGCGCACCGAGAUCACCUACCGCGAGGAGGCGACCGGCAAGCUCAAGCGCGUCACGAAGGGUAUGACUGGUAUCAUCAUCGAGCUCUGCACCCGCAACAAGACCGAGGAGCUCGAGAACCGUCUCGAGGCCGACGUCGAGGAGUUCGCCGCUCGUGGUCUUCGCGCGCUCGCUGUCGCGUACGAGGAGCUCGAGGGUGAUGACCACGAGGCUGAGGGCAACGGCUUCGAGCUCAUCGGCCUACUCUCGAUCUUCGACCCGCCCCGUGACGACACCAAGCAGACCAUCGACGAUGCGCUCGCUCUCGGCGUCAAGGUCAAGAUGGUUACCGGUGACCAGCUCGCUAUCGCGAAGGAGACCGGUCGCCGUCUCGGCCUCGGUGACCACAUGUACCCGGCGAAGGUUCUCAAGGACGGCCCCGCGCCCGGCGGCAAGCACCUCACCCUCGACGAGAUGAUCAUGGACGCCGACGGCUUCGCCGGUGUCUUCCCCGAGCACAAGUACGAGAUCGUCAAGCGCCUCCAGGGUCUUGGUCACCUUUGCGCCAUGACUGGUGACGGUGCCAACGACGCUCCUGCUCUGUCUCGCGCCAACGUCGGUAUCGCCGUCGAGGGUGCCACCGACGCUGCCCGUGGCGCCGCCGAUAUCGUCCUCACUGAGCCGGGUCUUUCCACCAUCGUCCAUGCCAUCCGCGGGUCGCGUAUCAUCUUCCAGCGUAUGCGCAACUACUCGAUCUACGCCUGCGCCGUCACGAUCCGUAUCGUCGUCUGCUUCGCCAUCCUCGCCUUCGCGUACAAGUUCGACUUCCCGCCGUUCAUGGUUCUGAUCAUUGCCCUCUUGAACGACGGUACCAUCAUGACACUCUCCGUCGACCGUGUCUUGCCGUCGAUGACGCCGGACAGCUGGGACCUCGCCGAGAUCUUCGCCUACGCCAUCGCGUACGGUCUCUACCUGACUGCCUCCACUGUCGCCCUCGUGUGCACCAUCAUCGAGACCACCUUCUUCCAGGACAAGUUCGGUGUUUCCCUCGAGAGCGGCUACCCCGUCGACCACAACGACCGCGAGCUCCACAUGAUUGUCUACCUCCAGGUCGCCAUCAUCUCGCAGGCCCUCAUCUUCAUCACGCGUUCGCACGGCUGGUUCUUCAUGGAGCGCCCGUCGUUCGCUCUCAUGGGCGCCUUCUGCAUCGCGCAGCUCAUCUCUUCCAUCAUCGCCGCCUACGGUGACUGGGGCUUCACCGACAUCCACGGUAUUUCUGGUGGUUGGAUUGGUAUCGUCUGGGUCUGGAACAUCGUCUGGUUCGCGCCCAUGGACCUCAUCAAGUUCGCCAUGAAGGCCACCGUCAUCAAGGCCCUCCGUGCCCGCCACGCCCGCCAGGUCGCGGCGGCCGAGGCCUCCGGUGUCCCGAUGACCCGCACCCAGUCGCGCGCCGCUUCGAUUCACGAGUCGCUGUACUCCAACCGUGUCUCGUUCAUCAAGCGCGCCGCUCGCAAGGUCGGCUUCGGCGGCAAGGUGUCCAUGAAGCCCGAGGAGCUCCAGCGCUUCUCGUCGAUCCAGGCCCAGCGCGCCGGUCAGACCCUCGCUCGCAACCCGAGCCGCACGGCCAACGCAUAGACGACGACUGGACGUACAGAGAGAAGAGUAGAGAAGUAUCUUUGCAUGUGCGAUUACCCUUUGCUUCCCUUUCCUAUCCUCAUCAUCCUACGCCAACUGUCUCAUCCAUCGUAAUACUAGAGCUGUAAUUAUAUCCCACCCCCGUCCACCGGGUAGAUGUCACUCGUUCCGCCCCAACCCAGCCUUUCACCAACGCAUACGAUACCCCCUAAUUCCAUGCGUGACAUCUAUCUCACUUGGCUACAUGACUUGGGCGACGGCGGGGGUGGGUGUUCUCGGCAGCACUGGCGCGUUCUUGGCGAUGAGCGGAAGCAAUUUCUCAUGCUAGUUAUUCGAUCUCUGCGAGGCUCUCGUUUACGACCUCUCACGUAGUUUACUUCGUAUCAUGCUUUACUAUAGUACUGUCCUACACUGCAAUAUCAGAAUAAGGAAUAGAGAUGCAUUUCUAGAA